AUGAACAUUCGUGGGGCGGCUGGUGGGGGUGGCAGCGGAGACGGUUCCGGUUCACCUACCGAUGCCGGAUACUCGGCCGCCCUGGUGGACGUUGGCCGGAAAAUGUUGGCAAUGGAUGCACUGCGGCUGCGACCGAUCAGGACCACGGGGCCGUCGCCGGUCGCGCACAACGGCCGCUACUGGACGCCGGACCGACGCAGGGACAAUGCGGAAACGGUCAGGUACAUCCGGGCUCUGGUGCAGACUUGUGAGGCCAUCAAGCCGUGGACCGCUGCUGGUAACCAAAUGUCUUCGGGACCGCAGACCCGAACCAAGGUAACGAUGGACCAAUUGCCGAAGAUAAUGCAAAAGGUACUCGGAAACAAAAUCCGGAGCAACAGGGACCACAAGUUCGUCAACUACUGGACGCCCAGUGAUUUCGUCAAAGACUGUUUGUUUUGGCAUAACUUCUACAGGCACUUUCAUAGGUCGACCGAGUUGGUCUUGAGUCCACACUUAUGCGAAGAAGCGCAGAACUGGGCCAAUCAUUUGGCACACACGGAAACGUUCGCCUAUCAGAACAAAAUCAAUUACGGACAGAAUCUGUUUUGCCGGAAACCGACGAGCACCACCGAAAUCGAAGGAAAGGACGUUGUCCGUGAAUGGUAUUCGUCUUCGAGAGCUUACAAGCCGAGAAAAAAUCCGAAAAUGUACUCGGCCAACAUCAAUUCAGGUCCUUUCACCCAACUCGUGUGGUCGAACACGAAAGAGUUGGGCGUCGGAAAAGCGUGCAGUCGAUCUGGUCGGAUAAUCGUCGUGGCCAAUUACCUGCCGAAAGGAAACGUCAACGGACAGUAUGUCAAUAACGUGCACAUGAACCAAUACUUUUUGCCGGCAAAUAAGAAGAAAUUAGAAUUCAUUGCCAGACUCGGAGAAUAGAGACGCCGCAGCGACUCCCACAGACUAUAUUAUUAUUAUAAUAUUAUGCUCAAAUACCGUUUAAAUGUCACAAAAAAAAAAUUAUAAUAUGAAACAUUAUAAACAUCAUCGACCACUUUGUUCGAAUACAUUAUAAGCACAGUGUAAUUAUGGUUUCGUGAGUUUUCGCAGUAAAUUAUAGCAGCCAUUUUUUUUUUUUAUGAUUAUUUAUGUUUACGACGUAUAUCUAAUCAAUCGGAGGACCCGACACGGUAUUACUUCAUAAUCGAUUCCAUACAAUAUAGUAUUAUCAUAAUAAUAUUAUACGACUGAUCGAUACGCAUUGAGUAUUAUUAUAAUAUUAUUUAAGUUGCAUAAAAUACAUUGGUAACCGACUGCAGUUGUAUUCUUAAGUCUUAAUAAAUAUUAUUGUACCGAACGUGGCUCUUAAUAAUUCGUUUUAUGUAAUUUAAUUUAUUAUCAUGUUACGCCAUGAUCGUUUAAUAUAAAAUAUUAUACUUAUUAUAAGUAUGACAUUUUUUUGGAAAUUCCGUUUCCAGCAGGAACUCAGGCACCAUCACAUUUUCUUGGAACGAAUCAAAUUAAUUGGACGUAAUGUUCGUAUUAAUUUUAUAUUCUUGUACAAAUUUCAAUAAAUACCAAAUAUAUAAUUCAAAACACGAAUUUUUAA